AUGUCAGAAACAAAAGGUUCAUUGCUCUUAGCUUGGCAAGUCAAGGAUAAACAUUGUUUAGUUAUUGGAUCUGGUGAUGUUGCCUUAUCCCGUAUACAACAUUUGAUUACUGCUCAAGCAAAAAUCACUGUGAUUACAGGCACGUCUAAACUCCACCCAAAGAUACUUCAAUUGAAUGAACAAGGCAAGAUAUUCAACUUAGUUCAACGUGAUUACCAAUCAAAUGACUUGACUUUAUACGAAAAUAUAAAUUCCAGAGUGAAUGAUUUGGAUUUGGUAACAGAGGAUAACUAUAAAUUUAUCGAUCAACAAGUGUUUCAAGAGGUUUUUGCUGUUGUAUGCUGUUGUAUUGAUGAUUAUGAGUUGUCUACCAAGAUAUAUUAUCAAUGUAAAUACUUGAGAUUACCAGUUAAUAUUGCCGAUAAGCCAAACCUUUGCGAUUUCUAUUUUGGAUCCAUGAUAAACCAGGACAAUUUACAGAUUAUGAUCAGUACAAAUGGAAAAUCUCCUCGAUUAUCAAGAAUGAUCAAGGAGAAUAUUGCUAAAGAGUUUGAGGACGUCGAUUUAAAUAAAGCUAUUGAGAAUUUGGGUUUAAUUAGAAGCAGAUUAAGAGAAAUGAUUUUAAUUGAUGAUGAUUUAAUGACAAUUGAUACGAGAAUGACAUGGAUCAAGAAUUUAACUGAUUUCUUUAGUUUGAAAGAAUGGAGCGAGUUAGAUUUGAUCCCUCCUAGUUCUACACCUCCACAUGAUAACAGAUUUCAAUAUAUUGACAACAUUAUAAACUUUUUUCCAGAUUAUCCUCCAAAGGACUAUGAAGAAUUCAAAGACGCUGUAAUUAGAUGA